CACAAAGUCUUUCCAGUAGGUCACUGAAUGGAUCUGCUUGAUUGAGAGACACAGAGACUGCUGGGAUCCCAGGGGCAACAAGAGUGAUAUAACUCGUGGGGGUUCAGACUCUGCCUGCUGCGCUCACUAUGGCCUCCCUAUUCCGGAGUGAAGAGAUGAGCCUGACCCAGUUGAUUCUGCAGGUCGAGGCCGGGUACUGCUGUAUCGCGGAGUUAGGAGAGCUGGGAUUGGUGCAGUUCCGGGAUCUAAAUGCCAGUGUCAACAGUUUCCAGCGCCGUUUCGUGAAUGAAGUGCGUCGGUGUGAAAAUAUGGAGAGGAUCCUGCGCUUCCUGGAGAGUGAAAUGGUUAACGACAAGAUCAAAAUCCGGACGCCGGAGAAACUGCCGCAGACUCCGUUACCCAGAGAAAUGAUCGACCUGGAGACUGUGCUGGAGAAACUGGAAGGGGAGCUGCAGGAGGUGAACCGGAACCAGCAGGCCCUCAAGCAGAACUUCCUGGAGCUGACGGAACUCAAGCAUCUGCUGAAAAAGACUCAGGACUUUUUCGAGGCGGAGGCUAACUUGCCGGAUGACUUUUUUAGCGAGGACACCAGUAGCCUGCUGGAGCUUCGAACAAUCCCCAGUGCUGCGGCUGCUGGGAAACUGGGCUUCACGGCCGGAGUCAUCAACCGAGAGAGAAUGGCAACAUUUGAGCGGUUGCUAUGGAGGGUUUGCCGGGGCAACAUUUACCUGAAGUACACGGAAUUGGACACGGCGCUGGAAGAUCCGGUCACAAAAGAAGAGGUAAAGAAAAACGUAUUUAUUAUAUUCUAUCAAGGAGACCAACUGAAACUGAAGAUUAAGAAAAUCUGCGAUGGAUUCAAGGCCACAGUGUACCCGUGCCCCGAGUCUGCCACUGAGCGCAAAGAAAUGGUGGCCGAUGUCAACACAAGGAUCGAAGACUUAAACACGGUAAUCACCCAAACAGAGUCUCACAGGCAGCGGGUGUUGCUGGAGGCCGCCCAAAGUCUGUGCAGCUGGGGCAUUAAGGUGAAGAAGAUGAAGGCGGUAUAUCACGUUCUGAACUUGUGCAACAUUGACGUUACCCAGCAGUGCGUCAUUGCUGAGAUCUGGUGCCCUAUAGCGGACAAGGAGCAGAUCAAGCAAGCCCUUCAUCGUGGCAUGGAGAGAAGUGGCUCCACCAUUGCUCCAAUUUUGACCAACAUCUCUUCUAAGCUGGACCCACCAACCUUCAACCGCACAAACAAGUUCACAAGCGGAUUUCAGAACAUCGUUAAUGCUUAUGGAGUUGGAAGUUACAGGGAGAUGAACCCAACACCCUACACUAUCAUCACGUUCCCCUUCCUCUUUGCGGUGAUGUUUGGAGACUGCGGACACGGGUCUGUCAUGUUGGGAUUUGCCCUUUGGAUGGUUCUAAAUGAGAAACAGCUGUUAGCAUCGAAGACAGAUAAUGAGAUCUGGAACACGUUCUUUGGGGGUCGCUACCUCAUCCUGCUCAUGAGUAUCUUCUCUAUCUACACUGGAUUCAUUUAUAAUGACUGCUUCUCCAAAUCCUUUGAUAUCUUUGGCUCUUCCUGGAGAGUCCGUCCUAUGUUCAUCAACAAAACAUGGAAUGAUAAUCUGGUGCAUCAGGGAUUGCAGCUACAAUUAGAUCCUGCGGUUCCGGGAGUGUUUUCUGGGAACCCGUAUCCCUUCGGAAUCGACCCAAUCUGGAACAUUGCACAAAACAAGCUCACCUUCCUCAAUUCGUACAAAAUGAAGAUGUCCGUUGUAAUGGGGAUCACCCAGAUGGUUUUUGGGGUGAUGCUUGGCCUUCUCAACCACAUAAACUUCAAGAGGCCCAUCAACAUCAUCCUUCAGUUCAUUCCUGAGAUGAUCUUCAUCAUCUGCCUCUUUGGGUACCUGGUCUUCAUGAUCAUCUUCAAGUGGUGCAAGUAUGACGUACACAGCUCGCAAGGUGCCCCGAGCAUCCUCAUCCACUUCAUCAACAUGUUCCUCUUCAACUACAGUGACCCAACCAAUGCUCCUCUCUACGAACAUCAGAAAGAAGUGCAGACUUUCCUUGUUAUUUUUGCCUUGAUCGCCGUCCCUUGGAUGCUGUUAAUAAAACCCUUUGUCCUGAGGGCAAAUCACUUGAAAGCUCAACGCAUGCUUCAAUCAUCGUCGGGGCCCGAGGAUCACGCGGAACUCACAGAUGUGGAAAAUGCACACGCCAAUCACAAGAGUAAAAAAGAGGAGCAUGGUGGGGGAGACCAUGGGGGAGGACAUGGAGAGCAUGGUGAAGAGUUUGAUUUUGGGGAUAUAUUUGUUCACCAAGCCAUCCAUACCAUAGAGUACUGCCUGGGGUGCAUAUCCAACACUGCCUCCUACCUGCGCCUUUGGGCUUUGAGUUUGGCCCAUGCACAGCUGUCGGAGGUGCUAUGGACCAUGGUAAUGCACCAAGGCCUGAGCAUCGGCGGCUACGGAGGACUUAUCGGCGUCUUUAUUAUAUUCGCUGCCUUUGCCGUUCUUACUGUGGCCAUCUUGCUGGUCAUGGAGGGGCUGUCGGCCUUUCUCCAUGCCCUUAGGCUCCACUGGGUUGAAUUCCAGAACAAAUUUUACGCCGGCACGGGGCAUCUGUUCAGUCCAUUUUCCUUCCAGAGUAUCCUGGAGGGCACAGACAAUGAGUAAAGACACCAGCACUGCCCGGCUUCCUAUUUAUAUCCCUAGAACGAGUGCUCUUCUGAGCGCUUUUGCAAUUUAUAUUGUUUUUUUUUCUAGUCUUGUGAUGUUGCUUUGCCUAGACCUGACCGGAGAAACUUCACAUCACUGCUCACUAACUUCAUUUUCAGCCGACUGCAGUCGCUCCAAAUGGCCACAGGUGGGGCUGUUGUUUCACCAGUGUAAACAGGUCAUUUCUUUCUUAGAAACAAAAAUAAUAUAAAUUGCAAAAGAGCUCGUUUACCUGUUUUACAUUUAGUAUAAAAAUGAAAUACAGUCAACCGUAACAUAAUAAAAAAAA